AUGGCUAUUGAAGCGUUUCUGGGCACACGCCCUCAAAAGGCGUUUCUCUUCACUGUUAUUCUACAAGCUGUCCUUGUACUUGCCGUCGUUGGCGUUAUUUAUGGCAAGGUCAGCGACAACAUACCAGCUAAACAAGUUCCCACAAUCCCAUGCUAUCUUGCGCUCUUUGCACUCGCGGAAGUAUUUGAAACUAUAAUAACAGUCGAUGCUCUAAAGCUUCGCAACACCAUUCAGCUCAUUGGAAUCCUAUUAUUUCAUUCUGCCAUGAUCAUCAUGUCAGCUCUUCAAAUAUACCAGACAAAAGAGGCUUUGGUAACUCAACCCGGGGCAGAUUGCGCCACCAACUAUGCUACAUGUGAUGGACCCGACUCACUUUGGGCCUUUGUGCUACGCCUGUUAAUCGUCAUUCCCAUCAUACUUGCACUAGCACUCAUGGUGCUAAUCUGGGUCACACGCGCGCUAUUCCUGGAGUUUGGCUGGGCAGUCUUCCAUGCAAUUGGCGCUGAUCCCAAGAUGAAAGUCAUGUAUCAAUACUACCAGAUCAUGAUAUGUUUGCUCAAGUUUGAUUUCUUUUGCUUUACUGGAGUGACUAUGCAACUCUUGAUCUUGGUGCUGACUAGCCACCGUGCGGAAUUCGUUAUUACCAUUGUAGCGAUUCCUGUAGUGCUCGUAUUGUUGUUCAUCUGUGGCCUAGCUCUACAACGGGAAUGGACUUUCCUUAUGGUCAUCUCGCUCUGUCUCAUGGUGGCUGCAGAGACAUACUUCAUUUACAAAAUUUGCCGAGUUUUCGAACCAUCGACGGCAUAUCGUUAUGUUGCAGUCCGUGGUUCAUUAACGACAUUCCUGAUCGUCGCUGCGGUCCUUCUCCUUGCGACUUUUGCCGUGGGUAUUCGAUGCUUCGCAGACUUUGGGCGCGGGUUACGAAAGUCUAAGAUGAAAGGUCUACCGCUCGAUCCCUCCCAUCCGGAACAACAACGUACACAGAAGCUCGGCGCCCCGGAUGUAGGCACACCUGGCAUGUCCGAACAAGGGGUUGGCACUGGAGGCCGAGUCCAGCGUACUUUCUCCAUCGAGUAA